CCCCACCCACAGGCAUACUCCAAAGACCCAUUACUCAAGACAACGACGUUCUACCUGUAGAGCGGGCUAAAUCUCUGCGUAAAACGAAUUAGCCCAAGAUAAAUCUACAGAAAAAGAAAAGUGAUUUAUGAACAAAAGCACAAACAACGGAUUAACAUUUGUUAAGUUGCUCCAGUAAUCCAUAGUAAUCAAACUAAAGAAAGCUCAUUCUAAAAAGGGGGCUGUCAACAUCCAGCCCCAAUCAUGGAUUGGAAGACCUUCCAAGCCCUCCUAAGUGGGGUGAAUAAGUACUCCACUGCGUUCGGCCGUAUCUGGCUCUCUGUGGUGUUUGUGUUCAGGGUAAUGGUGUACGUGGUGGCGGCAGAACGCGUGUGGGGCGAUGAGCAGAAGGACUUUGACUGCAACACCAAGCAGCCCGGCUGUGCUAACGUCUGCUACGACCACUACUUCCCCAUCUCCCACAUCCGCCUGUGGGCCCUGCAGCUCAUCUUCGUCACCUGCCCCUCCUUGAUGGUGGUGAUGCAUGUGGCGUAUCGCGAUGAACGUGAGCGGAAGUACCACGCCAAGCAUGGCAACAAGGCCAAGCUGUACGAGAACACAGGCAAAAAGCACGGCGGCCUCUGGUGGACCUACCUGCUCAGCCUCUUCGUCAAGACAGGCAUCGAGAUCUCCUUCCUCUACAUCCUCCACAAAAUCUAUGACAGCUUCUACCUGCCCAGGCUGGUCAAGUGUGAGGUCAGCCCCUGCCCCAAUCAGGUGGACUGCUACAUCGGCCACCCCACAGAGAAGAAGGUCUUCACCUACUUCAUGGUGGGCGCCUCGGCCCUCUGCAUCGUGCUCAACGUCUGUGAGAUCAUCUACCUCGUCUCCAAGGGCGUCGCUCGCAUGGCACAAAAGAUGAAGAGAAGAGAGCGCACCUUGGCCUUGCAUGAACGGUACAACARGGAUAAUUCCUGCAGUGCCUGCAGCACUCUACCUAUGUCUAGGCUGGAGAAACAAUCCUUAAAGCCCCAGUUUCCAGGCCACCUACAAGCCACCUUACCGGCUCACAUGCAUGCGUCUGCCCCUAACCUGUCCUAGAGUGGAUGUCCACUCUAUCCCAAGACUGAACCAAACAUGGAGGCCUAUGGAGCCAGGCCUCACCUCAUUGGUCAAGCCUGUUCAAGCUGGUCCUCCUGUAAGACUUUGUAUGAGAGACAGACUUUUCUCAAAGUCUCUACUGCCCUAGCUAUUACUGCCCUAUACUGCCAUGGAGCAAG